AGAGGGCUGUCGGCGCAGUAGCAGAGAGCAGCAGCGGCCGCGCGCUCCUGCGAGGGGCAGACGAGGGCGAGAGAGCGCGGGGCAGCGGGAGGAGCGAGGCCGAGCUCGCGGACCGAGCGGGAGCCCGAGCCUGAGCCCAGCGGACCGCCUUCCCGGCCGCCCAGCCCAGCCGCCGGCAUGGAGCACCAGCUCCUGUGCUGCGAGGUGGAGACCAUCCGCCGCGCGUACCCAGAUGCCAACCUCCUCAACGACCGGGUGCUGCAGGCCAUGCUCAAGGCCGAGGAGACCUGCGCGCCCUCCGUGUCCUACUUUAAGUGCGUGCAGAAGGAGAUACUGCCGUCCAUGCGCAAGAUCGUGGCCACCUGGAUGCUGGAGGUUUGCGAGGAGCAGAAGUGCGAGGAGGAGGUCUUCCCGCUGGCCAUGAACUAUCUGGACCGCUUCCUGUCUCUGGAGCCGGUGAAGAAGAGCCGCCUGCAGCUGCUGGGGGCCACCUGCAUGUUCGUGGCCUCCAAGAUGAAGGAGACCAUCCCCCUGACGGCCGAGAAGCUGUGCAUCUACACAGACAACUCUAUCCGACCCGACGAGCUGCUGCAAAUGGAGCUGCUCCUGGUGAACAAGCUCAAGUGGAACCUGGCUGCCAUGACCCCGCACGAUUUCAUCGAACACUUCCUCUCCAAGAUGCCCGUGGCCCAGGAGAACAAGCAGAUCAUCCGAAAACACGCCCAGACCUUCGUGGCGCUGUGUGCCACAGAUGUGAAGUUCAUUUCCAACCCACCCUCCAUGGUGGCCGCCGGGAGCGUGGUGGCUGCGGUGCAGGGUUUGCACCUAGGUGGUACCAACGGCUUCCUCUCCUACCACCGCCUCACGCGGUUCCUCUCCAAAGUGAUCAAGUGUGACCCGGACUGCCUCCGGGCCUGCCAGGAGCAGAUCGAGGCCCUGCUGGAGUCAAGCCUGCGCCAGGCCCAGCAACAGAGCCUGGACCCCAAGGCUGCAGAGGAGGAGGAAGAGGAAGAGGAGGUGGACCUGGCCUGCACCCCCACCGACGUGCGGGAUGUGAACAUUUGAGGGUGCCAGGCAGGCACCACCCACCGCCACCACCGGCGAGUGGAGCAGCGGCCAGCACCCCCCUAGGGCGGAGGUCACCUCUCCCUGGAAGGAGCAGCCCGGUGCUCCCCCGACGGCCUUGUGCUUCUCCAGAACAUUC